AACGGUCGCUGCAAGCUUUAAAUAACAACUGGGGGCUGUUAUUUCCUAGCAAGGCAGGCGGAAGUUCAACAGGUGCGGAGCCUCCCUCCCAUUUGGAUCUACUGCUGGGGAAGGCAGCUGCUCCUGUUGAGUGUCUGCCUGCCGCUUCCCGGAUUUUGCAGAGCUUCCAAGGAACUGCAAUGGAGAAGUUGAAGCGGACGGUGGAGCAGGCCCGAGCUGCCUUCAAUACGGGCAAGACGCGUCCGUUGGCUUUCCGGAUCCAGCAGCUGAAAGCCUUGAAGAAGAUGAUGCAGGAGAAAGAGAAGGAGUUCUCCGCAGCCCUGAAGGCGGAUCUCAACAAGAGUGAAUUCAACAGCUUCAGCUACGAAUUUAUGAUCGUCCUGGGCGAGAUUGACCUGAUGCUGGAGAAGCUUCCCGACUGGGCCAGCCCUCAGGCCGUGGAGAAGACGGUCCUGACAUUGAGCGACAAGACCUACAUCCAUCGAGAGCCCCUGGGGGUGGUCCUGGUCAUCGGGGCGUGGAACUACCCCUUUGUCUUGGUCAUGCAGCCUCUGAUAGCAGCCAUCGCUGCCGGCAAUGCUGUCGUGGUCAAGCCAUCGGAGGUCAGCGAGAACACAGCCAAGAUGUUUGAAAAGCUGUUGCCUCAAUACCUCGACAAGGAUCUGUAUCCGGUGGUCAACGGAGGGGUGCCGGAGACGACGGAACUGCUGAAGCAAAGGUUCGACCACAUCUUCUACACGGGCAACAGCGCCAUUGGCAAAAUUGUCAUGGAAGCCGCCUCCAAGCAUCUGACCCCCGUCACUCUCGAGCUGGGCGGGAAGAGCCCUUGUUACAUCGAUGAGGACUGCAAUCUUGAGGUGGCUUGCAGGCGGAUUGCGUGGGGGAAGUACAUGAAUUGUGGCCAGACCUGCAUUGCGCCGGAUUAUAUCCUAUGCAAUCCAUCCAUUCAGAAGACCGUUGUGGAGAUCAUUAAAAAGACCGUCAAGGAAUUCUACGGCGAGAACGUUAAGGACUCCCCGGAUUACGAGCGGAUUGUGAACAAGCGUCAUUUCAAGAGACUGAUGGGCCUUUUGGAAGGACAGAAGGUGGCCUACGGGGGUGAAACGGAUGAGUCCGCCUGCUUCAUAGCUCCCACGAUCCUCACGGACGUCAAUCCGGAAGCCCAGAUCAUGCAGGAAGAGAUUUUCGGCCCCAUCCUGCCCAUCGUCACAGUGAAGGGGGUGGAGGAAGCCAUCCAGUUCAUCAACCAGCGCGAGAAGCCCCUCGCCCUCUACGUCUUCUCCGACAGCAACAAGGUCAUCAAUAAAAUGAUUGCCGAGACCUCCAGCGGCGGAGUGACCGCCAACGACGUCAUCAUGCACUUUUCCAUUCCAGGUUUACCUUUCGGAGGCGUUGGUAACAGUGGAAUGGGCGCCUACCACGGCCAUUUUGGCUUUGAUAUCUUUUCCCAUAAGCGCGGCUGCCUCAUCCGGACGUUCAAGAUGGAAGCCGUCAACGGUAUUCGGUACCCCCCGAACAGCCAGAAGAAGGUGGAUUGGGCUAAAUUCUUCGUCUUGAAGCGGUUCAGCAUGUGGAAGUUGGGCCUGGUUGCCCUCGCGGUGCUGGGCAUAGUGGCCGCCAUUGUGAUCAAGAAGGUCGCAAAAGGGGACUCUGGGACCGUCAUAAAUACGAGUCAGUUUCCAAGCGCCUGAAAUUUUCAUCACGUGACCAACGGGGAUGCGGGAGUUGUGGUACUUUUCUGAGAACGCAAUUCCGCAGAGGCUAUCGCACAACGUGGUGUUAAAAAGAGCUCUUCCAGGCAGUGUUUGUGUGUUUGCACAUGUGUGUAUGUGGCGGGUGGGGUAUCUUUUUCUAACACUUACUUACAAGAGUUAACGCAAUUUCUUCUUAAUCAUUAAACUCAAAAUAGGGGAAGCACCAAAGGUUGAUUUCUCGGGUGAGAGUAUAUCUUAUAUAUAUUCUUAUAUUUCUUCUCUCCGGGAAAGACAGUUUGCACCAAAGAAAAGGAAAACACAAGUUUCAAGAAAAAAUGAUUUAAGUUAGAGGAUUUAGGAAAAGGCCCCAAAGAUAUUUUUCUUACAGAGUCUUUUUUUAAAGCAAGCUUGUUCUGUUGUCAGGUGGAAAAAAAAAAUGAAGUUUUCGUUGCUUUUUGGGGAAAUAGCAGCUUCUGUUGAUUUUUUUUCCUUUUCUUUUCUUUGAAAGGAGCAAUUAAAACUUUUGCAUUUUACAGCCGUGUUAUGGCAGGGAACAAAAUGCAUUUGAACCCAAAAUUGUUUUGUUUUUUUUUAAAGUGCUUUUUUAAAAGCUCUGAGGGCCACUGAAUUUUGUCUUCCACAGAGAUAUUUCUGAUCUAUGCAUAGUGUUUCUCAAACUUGACAGCUGGACGAUGGGUGGACUUCCACUCCCAGAAUUCCCCAACCGACUUGGCUGGCUGAGGAAUUCUGGGAGUUGAAGUUCAUCCAUCUUAAAGCAUGCUGGCUGGGGAAUUCUGGGAGUGGAAGUUCAUCCAUUUUAAAGCAUGCUGGCUGGGGGAUUCUGGGGGUGGAAGUUCAUCCAUUUUAAAGCAUGCUGGCUGGGGAAUUCUGGGAGUGGAAGUCCACCCAUCGUCCAGCUGCCAAGCCUGAGAACUGUUACCCAAGGAAACGUCCAGAGGUUUGAGAGUGAUGUGUUAGGCCCAUAUGCUAUUCAUCAGAGGUGCAAUCUGGUUGUAUUACAAUUCCGGCCAUCCCCAGCCGAAAUAAGUUGAAAGUAAAUCUCCCUCACCACCACCUCGUAUUUACAGCUCAAAAAACUAGGGAAGGUCUCUGCAAAGAUGUUUUCCCCCACCAUCCUUAUUGCUGCUAUGGGUUUAGCAAUCUCUUUCUGACGGUUGCCUCAAUUGCAAACUCUUCUUCCUAUCUCCCAAGAUCAGUUCCGCAUCCCAUUAUCCUGAGCGUGCCCUAUGCAUCCCUCGGCCAUUGGUUCUUCAACCACCCUAGGUUUGAAACCAGCAGACAUCAAACAAACUAGGAUUAAUAGUGUAAGAAGUAAUCGCACACCCUCCUAAAAGAUUGAAAUACUUUGGGGAAUAUUAAAAGAGGCCAAAUAUUAUAUUUCCCGAAAGGAGAAAUGGAGAAACGUGUUUUUAAAGGCAGAAAGCAGCCUCAACAUCCUCCAGCAGAUGCCUGAAGUCUAGAGAGGGAUAUUUUGUGCCUAUUAAAAAAGACUGGGCCAAUCUAUUCACAAACAAAACACCUUCUGCUCCAAAUGAUGAGAUUAAGAAUUUAUAUCCCCCCCCACCCAAAUUCUAAGGACAGGACAGGCUCUUUAGAAUAUAAUAGGAUUAACCCACCACCAUUAGAAUAGUAAAAACACACCAAUCUCACUACAAUCCCCUGCAGCAUUUCAGAAAUGAAGAAAAAUCCUUGCAUUCAUCAAGUUAAUUUGUCAGCUGUCCCAGAACUGCAUUCUGUGCUUCUGAGUCCAAUAAAUGGAAUCCUCCUUUCCAAUCGGCUUCAAUUUUAUUUCCAGCAUUUUUCUUCUCGGUUUAGAACUGGACCGGAUUUUUUCCCCUAUAAUAGUAAGCAGCUGGACGGUUCAAACGAACACAGGAACUUACGUUUGAUGGACAAGAAGAGAAAAUUUUCCCAAUGCUGGAAGCUUGAGAGAUAAAACCUGAAGGCUGGCCUAAUCCUGGUUAGAUUAUGUUCAGUGUAUAAGGAGCAUUCUUGAGGUCCUAGAUAACAUCCUCAGAACUUUUUUGGACCAAACCAGAGCUAUUUGGCACAAGCCAAAUAAAUCCUAAAUUAAUUACCCCACCUGCUGCAUGGGUUCAUCUCUUUAAAUUAAAGGGCACCUCCCCCCCAAAAUGGCCACUGGUAUCUGCAGGGCAGUCAAAAAAAUUUAAAAUGGCGCCCCCCCAAACUUGUUGUCGAAGUUCCAUCCCACAUAAACAAGGAUGAAAUUUCUACUGGUAUGACAUGGCUGGGGCUCCCUCUUGACUUUUUUGACCUCCCUGGGGUCCACAUUUGUUUCCUAACUUUUUCUAACCUCCUUUUCUUGAUUCUUUUAAAGGCAUACAUUUAAAAAACAAUGUAAAAAAUUACUAUUAAAAGAUUUUUAUCUGGAAAUAUUA